AUGGCUUCGCUACCCACAAUGCGGCCGCUGGGCUGUUUGAGGUCACUUCUUAGGACCAGAGAGGCUAUGCAGCCGAACCUGAAUUGCCGAUGGAUCUCGACCGCAUACUCGAAGAGACCGGAGCGUGUGCCUCUUCCCCAAACCUCCCCGAACAAUUCAUUUCUCAGAUUCCCAAGCGAUUCCAACCGGAAAAUGGUAACCCCGAAGCCAGUGAAGAUCUACCCUGCUCCCCCCUCCGCUAGAAAGGCAUGCAAAGACCCCAUCGCAAAGGUCACCGAAUCGCAAUUACAGGUCCUUGACCCCAAGGGCGAGCGGAAAGCUCUCUUUGAUUACCGACGCAACCCUCGUUCCGUCAAACCCGGCGACAUCAUCCGCGUCACAUUCAAGAACGGCGACCCAUUUAACGGCGUUGUCUUGAGCAUCCGACUCCGUGGCAUUGAUACCUCGGUUUUACUCCGAAAUGAAUUGACUCGUGUGGCAGUGGAGAUGUCCGUGAAGGUGUUCAGUCCCAAUGUGCAAGGCGUUGAGAUUGUCGAGCGUGCGAAGCGCAAGCCUCGUCGCGCCAGAUUGUAUUACAUGCGCUCUCGCAAACACGAUCGCCGCAGUGUCGAGAAUGUUGUGGCUGCUUACGUCCGCCAGAAGAAGGCUUUCAUGAGUGGCAGAAGGCAAUAA